AUGAGCAGUUUGAGAAAGGCAAGGACAUUGAGGGAGAAGUAUGCUGUGUUUCCCAGUACCCCUAUCAAGAGCCCACCCAAAUGUUCUUUUGAUUCAAAAGGAAAGUUUGCUACAAAUCUGGAGUUAGCAUUUGAACGAAAUAAACUCCGUACAUCACAGCAACACACAGUCCCUCCAGAAGGAGAAUGCUGGAUAAAGCAGCCACCUGAUUUUAGCUAUAAACUGUAUUUAACUCCAAGCAAGCCAAUUGGAAAGCCCCAAGAGCUGAAAAAAAAGAAAAAAAAGAAGACAUUCUAUGAGGAAUUGCAUAGAAUAAGAUCAGGACUGAUUGUCCCAGUCAUCGAAGAGAACAAGCACACAAAGAUCAUUACCAGAUUUCCUCAUGUAGGCCCCCAUGAAGCCAAGUUAAUGUUUGUGAAGAUGGGAAAAUUUAAAAGCAACAAAUACCAAGAUCCCAAACCAUAUGAUUACAGACAGUAUGAACAAGGAAUACCAGAUUUUGUGACAAGUUACACCAGGGAUCCUUUAAGUCUAAAGUUCAAAUCACAAUGCUUAAGCAAAAUCUAUGGACUGCAUCCUAUGACAGAUGACAGAAAAAAGUACAGCUCAAAAGAAAAAUUCGUCACCUACAAGCCUCAAGAACGGAAGUGGGAUUCAAGGCUAUUGCUACCAAAGGAGCCCUGGCCUACUAUAUCUGGUUCCUUUACGAGGCAUAGAUUCCAGUGGGGUGAACGUAGUGCCUUUAUAGAUCGUGUGGAAGAAACACUAAGCAAGCUGUGGCUGAAAGAGGCAAGUAAGAAGCAGGAAGAAAGCAGAAGGAAAACAGCAGCGACUGUAAAGCAAAAAUUACGAAGUGUAUCUGUUUCCACUCGGAAUCAGCAGCUGACCAGAAGAGAAGAAGAGAAAAGCCUGCCCCAGAAACUCCCCUCUCCAUCACUAUCCUUAGGACAAUGUGGAUGGACAAUGCCUGAGAACACCAGCCUUUCAUUAUAUACAAAGCCAGAACCUUUAGGCUUCUUGCUGCCAAAAGGCGUAGCUCAAACUGUUGAGGAGUUGAAGUACAAAUAA